CACUGGAGGAGUUUUCUGGCACUAAAUCCAUUUUAUUAAUAAGUUUUUCGAAAAUUUGGUCUGCUGUCCUUCCGAGCUGUUCUGUUGUUGUUUUUGUUUUUUGUUAAUUUUGUCACAAUCAUUGUUUACGAUUUCGCAGUGAAUACCAUUUUCCCAUUGUGAAUGACAAUUAUUCAGAGUUGCAUUUGAAAACCAUCGGCUAACUAUCGCAUAGAAACGUGCGGUUUAGGAACAUCCAAAAUGGAUGGUGGACUAACUGGGAAAUUUUCGGAACGGCAAAACCUUACGGACCAUCCCCGAAAUGGAUGGUGGAUGGUGGAUGGUCGUCAGUGUGAAUAGCCUAUUACACUUAUAAUAUAAGCUAAUUAAUUGGUUUCUUGGGCGCAUUGCAAGCGUAGCAAGGAAGAGUCACUGCAUCACCAUCCGAGACGUUCCCUAAGAAGGAAACAAACCCUCCGCGAGAACUAAGGCAGCUAUGAGACGCAAUGUGCGCCACCAAAAUUAUAACUGGGACGAUCCAGAUCCAGACAAUGUGGAGGAUAUCUUCGCGAGGCCAGCCUACGACGAUGAUGAGUUUGUCAACCUGGUGCCGUUGGGACACAGACCGAACGGCCACGCCAGAUUGGAUCGCUAUGAGAACACGCUAGAAGUCAACGUGCAAGAAGGCGACACCUUGCAAGCGUUGGCGCUCAAAUUUCAUUGUUCUGUGGCCGAUAUCAAACGCCUGAACAUGAUAGACCGCGACAAUGAGAUAUACGCUCAUCGCAUAAUUCGCAUACCUGUAACAGUGCACAAUGUUCUCUUGGGGAAUGGAGUUCAGGAUGCUCUGCCAGCCGUGCACAGAAGCGGCAACAACAGUCCAAGGCACAAAGAACGGGAGCCUGCCAUUGAACGCAACCCACUGGAGGAUGCUCGCUAAAUGUUGGACGAGAGACUCCUUGUAGCAGCAGUAAAUGCAUCUGGCUCGUCGUAUCAACCAUCAACGAGUAAAGCGGCAAGCAAAUACUACGAGGGAGCUCAUGGGUCUCCAAAUGAUGAAGCCAAUAUGGAGCGAUCGCCGGACGACAGUGCACCUCUGUUGAACGACUUGCUUGUGGACCGGCAUGCUCCUCUGGUGCGUCCCAUACCGGGUCCCUCUCUGCGUGCCGUCGAUUGGUCCGGCUCUGACUGCGACAUGUCCUGGAUCUGUCUGCUGAUAUUCAUACUCGCUCUGUGCGUCGUCAUACCGCUGGUCUAUGUCGUCUAUCUUGCGGAGCAUCCACAUCACAACCACAGCUCGCAGUAGCUGGUUAUGCCAGCACCGAAGUGAUCAUCAUUCCGAAUGUACCGGCAACAACUCGUCUCUUUCCUCUCACUCGUUCUAGCUCUACCAGGCGCAUUUUAAAUGCAGCUGCUGGCCGUUGAAUUUAUUUAAUAUACAUAUAACCCUAGAAAUUUAUAUGGACUCUUUUUUCGAAAUAAUAAGGACUUUGUGUACUGUAAUUAA